AUGAUUUUUGAGGAGGGAGUGGUUACAUGCUUGUUUCUUUUAAAAUACAUCUUUUUUUCUUCUUUGAUUUUUUUCUUAGACCUCAGUAAUGUCAUGAAUUCCACUUCAAAUAUAAAGGCUGUAAAUGGAAAAGCUGAAAGUAGCGACAGUGGAGCGGAAUCAGAAGAAGAGGGGCUUCGUGAAGAGGAAGAAAAAGAACCGCAGAUAAAUGGAAAGGACUAUAAGAAUGCGAAACCCGAAUCAGCAGCUGCUAAGGAUUUGGAAGGUAUUGAGAAUGGCUUUAUCACAGAUAUGCAGAAUGGCAUCCAGACCAAAUCUGCCUUGAAUGGCUUGAACCCAGAGGAAGAAACAAAUAAAGAGGAGCCAAGCCUAGAAAUAGCUAAUAACAGUGCUCACCAAGGUGCAAGUGAAGACAAUACUGAAGAGAUCUCAGCAACUCAGCACUUAACCAGUGAUUCAGACAGUGAAGUUUAUUGUGACUCUAUGGAGCAACUUGGACUAGAAGAGCCCUUGGAGAUCGUCACAUCAGCUAAAGGAUCUUUAAAGCAUUCAUCCCAUUUCUUGGAUGUAGAUCACAGUCUUCUGUUAGAAAAUACGGAUUUUCCAAGGCGCACUUGCAUGACUUAUGGGAAUCUCCAAUCUGGAAAUACUGGAGAGGGAAUAGCUGAAGAACAAGGUGAAGUCAAAUGUGGAGGAGAAGAUGGCAAAGGUAAUGGGGGACCUCACAAGGAGAAAAAAGGUGGAGAAACAGAUUUCUACAGUGUCAGAAGAGGGAGAGGGCAUAGACUUCAGCCUUUAGGAGACGGUUCCCAGGGUGGCCAGAUGGGUAGUGGAGGGGACGGCGAGCGCUGGGGAUCUGACAGGGGACCCCGGGGAAGCCUCAAUGAGCAGAUUGCAGUGGUGCUGAUGCGGUUGCAAGAAGACAUGCAGAAUGUCCUCCAGAGGCUGCAUAUGCUGGAGGCAGUUACAGCAUCACAGGCAAAAUCUGCAACACAGUCAAAUUACCAGCCCGCCUCCUCUGUCAAGAAACCGUCAUGGUGGCCCUUUGAAAUUUCUCCUGGUAUUUUAGCUUUUGCUAUUGUAUGGCCAUUUAUUGCCCAGUGGUUGGUACAUGUGUAUCUUCAAAGAAAGCGAAGAAAACUGAACUGAGAAUUCAUGGCUUUGCAUAAGGACUUCUAGGAGAAGAUGGCCCUGGAAAGCAAAGGAAUUCUGAAUUCUCAUAGAAUCUCAGAAUCUGGGAUGAUCUUCCUUAUGUUACAGUAAUAAUUUGUACUACCUUUGAGCUAAACAUUUAAGGACUAAUAUUAUUGAAACUUGAAUGAUUCACAGCUCCUAGGUUGCAAAUAAAUUUAAUAAUUCCAUCCUCAAACCCAUACGAACAUUAAUUAUUUUGGAAUGUGCUUGUGGAUGGGCCUUCAGUAAUUACUGGCCUUUGCUGAUGGCAGCUGAGGAAGAGAAUAACAUCUCUGUAAAAGAAUAAGUUAAAAAUAUGUAAAACUAUCACUUUAACAUAGAAAUAAUUUUACAAUCCCA